UUUUAUACAUGUCGAGAGAAAUCGUAAAUCUAUGUUUUUAAGCGAAAUAGUUGAUUUUAAUUUAAUGCUGCUGUAAUAUACAGCCUACGUGAAAGCUCUUACACUGUGGAAUCUUUCGAUACUUCGUAUCUGUUCUCUACGUUGAUGAUGAUCUUAUAAUUGGUAUUACUGUCUUUCCUUCGAAUUCGUAAUUUCUUACAAAUUGCUCUGCCGCGCUAGUUUUUAGCGGUUAAUAUGGGUAACGACGACAGUGCCCAGCCUCAUGUACAAGUUGACCAGUGGUAUUUGGAGUACAUUCAAGAUGCCAUUUCGACUAUUAAAAAACAGGAGAAGAGCCCCAGUAUUUUCCGCGUUAUUCAAGAACUGCAAGCCAAUGCCGAUUUUAAUUAUGAUUCUGGCAUCUUUGAAAAGAAUCUGGAGAUUUGCGUGGCGGCUGGACAUCUUUAUCGACUGCCUGAUCAUACGGCAACCACCAACAAAUUCUAUUCGGACAUCCUUUUUGAUUGCGCCGACUACAAAAAACAGCGCCGCUUCACCAUCACCAGGCCGGACGAUGUUCAGAAUGCGGUGUUGUGCGCAGUGAAUGAGCUCAUCCAGUCACAGGAAUCCAAUGAUGUUGGCGUCAGCUUCGACGAGAUUCAUAACUUCAUUAUGCAAACUUACAUAAUAGCCAUACCACCGGACGAUCUGCGUCGCCGAAUGGAAACAGCUCUGAAUAAACUGGCUAUGCUGCAACAAAUUAUUAAGCGCAAUCGACGGUACCGUCUCCCGGAACCACCUUCCGCUAAGCCUAAAACCCGGAAAGCGAAAGUGUUGAUGUGCCGGCCCCGCCAAUGGUAUGAGACAGAAUUAUGCGCAGUUAUGAAUAAAAUAUCUAUAUUUGCAGAAGUUCUGCCUACCGAGUUUUUUCAGUCUUUGGAGAAUGGUCGGUCUGCGUGUGUUUCGGAUACAUCGAUGUCAUCAACAUCGGACAGCAGUGACGAUAGCCGGUCAUCUUCGCACUCUUCCUCGUCCUCGUCACGCUCCGACGACAGUAUUUCCAUUGGGUCGAAUAAAAAGCUGUUUCGGGCGUUCGAGCGAAGAGCCAAUUCGGAGCCACGGGCAGUUCUGGAUAUCAUUGAUAAAGCUGCAGCACCGGUUACGUCAGCCCCGCAGUGUGUCGUAGUGCCGGCGAAAUCUCCCGAUCCGCCUGCGGAGCCGUUGUGCUGCCUGCGGUGUAAUAAAUCUUCGACCACAAUGGAUCACUUUGACCAAUGCCAUAAUGGAUUGCUGCUAUCGGAACAGGAAACAUUUACUCUACAGGAGCGCAAGGCGCGCUGGUUUGCGGUAACGAAAAAAGAUUACAAGGUUCGCUGCGAAAAUGCCGGAUGCACCAAGCAGUUCCGGAAAAGUACAGACCUUUAUCGUCAUCUAAAAGUUUGCCAAUUUGGUAAGGAAGUCAAAGAAAACAGAGCUGCAGAAGAGAUCACCGACGACUGCCACGAAAGCGAAACCCAAAUUGGUAAUGCCAAUGCCGACGGAAAAACAAACGGUGCCUCAAGCAACGAUAUACAAUCGAAUGAUUAUGCUGAAGAAUCCGAGAAAGUUCCCAUACAAGUUGAAAAUGGUGAAAAAAAGAACAGCCACGUCCAGUUUAAUGGUCGGAAGGAGAUCAUUAAUUCAUUCGAGAGUGAAGAGCGCAGCAGCCAGAGUAAGCUCAGUACUAGGAAAAGAAACGGUUCGCAGAAUGGUCGUGGUAAGAGACUUCGUAAAAGCGCGGAAAAACUUGCCUCGGAGAGUGAAGAAGACGAGCAGACUCGCCGAGCCCGAGCCAUGAUCACGUGUGACCUUUGCAACCGGAUAAUCCAUCGCGAACAUUUCCUCGAGCAUGGCGAAGAUCAUAAGACGGCGAAAGCUACACAGCCUGAGAGUGCUCAAAACAAAACGAAAACCAAGGGAGGUCGCAAGAAAAAAAUACCGGCAGGUGCAAAGAAAACGGCGUCCGUGGCCGGUGGCGCUGUCACUGCCGCUAAACAAAUCGAUUUGCUGGAGGAAGAUCGAGAUGAAGCACCUGGCGCUGCAAACGAAACUGAAGGGGCGCAGCCGCUGCGAACCAGCACACCGGACGUUGUGGCCAUGACCAAAACGGUCAAUCGGAAGAGAGUGUUGUCAGCCUCACCCAUUACAUCAGCAGAUGAAGCUGAAGUGGCGGAAGAAAUUCCAGCAGUUAUUAAUACAAGAUCGAGUCGCGCCAAGAAGUCUGUAAAUACACGGUCAGUUGCCAACAAGAAAAAAAUACCGGCAUCAUCGUCUACCGAAGGUACAAAGGAAAAAGCGGUUGACAGCGUGCCAUCCAAAAAACAACCUCUGCUCCCGACACCGCCACCACAGAUCCCAACUAAAUCGAACACUGCUGAAAAAACUGCGGUGUUAAAUAAAGUGCAGACGGAGAUCAAGAAGGCGACCUUUUUCCAAACCCAACUGGCCAAACGACAAGCGGCCAAGUCCCUGCAGGUGGCAGAACAGGCAACUGACAGCAGUGUUAAUCCGGCUGAAAUCUUACAGGAAAAAUCAAAGCUAAAUUGUGUAAAAAAAUUGGCGCUUUAGAAUGCCGUUGGGAGGAGAAUUUACAGAAGUGCGCACUUUAAAAUCGCCAACAAUUACGCUGUGUUAUCAACUCAUGUUCCGAUCUCAUUUUUUUCAUACCCGAGCAAUUGUUUUGUGGGCGAAAUGAUUGUGAUUAUUGAUAGCAUUUUUUUUAAAAAUUUUAUGCAUUGGGAAAGGGAGCAGUUUGCUGCAGAUAUUUGUGAGCUUGUACACCUUUAGAACACGGAGCGUGAUUUGUUUGUACGCAACUGCCCUUUUUAAGUGCGUUGUACAGUACUCUGUAGAUGUCGUUGUUGUUAUCAUCUUUUUCUUGUGCUGCAAUAACAGCAGUGGGU